AUGGUUACAAUCAACCAUUUGAUAGUAUUUUCGUUGGCCCUACAUUCGUUACACAUCGUUCACGGGUUCAAUUUGUCCCCGGAACCCAACUAUGUGUUCCAAAAGCCGUUAGUGAAAACCUUCAAGGAGCAGACCCGAAGCUCGUAUUUUGGAUUUUCCAUCAGUCUACGGAAAAGCGGGGUUCUCGUCGGAGCACCGCGUGCCCAGUCGGACCUCGAGUCUCAGCGGAAUAUCAACGAGAUUGGAACCAUCUUUCGGUGCAAUUUCACGCAAACUUCUCCGUGCUGGCAAUACCGUUUCGACCGGCAGGGCAACACCAACUAUGAGGAGCACUUCGAUGAAAUACGUUCCGAGAGGAAGGACUAUCAAAUGUUUGGUGCCUCGGUGGACGGACUGGCCUCGGAUCAGGAUUGGUUCGUGGCCUGUGCUCCGAAAGCGAUUGGCGAUCUCGAGGUGUCGUAUUUACUGCACGGGGCUUGCUAUCUCAGUGGGGACACCGUAGCACUUGACGAGCCAACAAACCUGCACAAAAUCAAACCCCUCCGAUACAUGAGCAAACAGCAGUACAGGACCAACAACACGACGAGGAUGUACAACUACAUGUUCGGUGAGCUGGGCUUUAGCGUACACAUCCCCGACAGUGGAAGGGAAAUCCUGAUCGGGGCUCCGGGAGUUAUGCAUUGGCGUGGAACUGUCAUGCGGUAUCGUCAACGGCCCAGGCACCUCUCAAAAGACGCUCCUUGGCACUGGCGAAACGUUUAUUUCGAGCCGAACGGUGGAAAAUUUUCUACCACCCCUUUCUUCCACGAAAGCACCGUACCGAAUCCAUUACAUUUGAAGAGUUUAAAAGCCAACUCCUACUUCGGAUACGCCGUCAACUCCGGACGCUUUCUAAGGAACCGCACGAUCCUCUACGUGGCCAGCGCUCCACAAGCGCGUCAGCAGCUGGGUGAGGUUAUUAUCUUUGAUUACAUUAACGUGUCUGCCCAGAACGAGACCGCUAUGAGGCAGCAUCGAUCGUUCGUUGGUCAGCAAACUGGGGAGUACUUUGGGUAUGCCCUAUCAACGGAAGACUUCAAUGGUGAUGGAUUGGCGGAUCUCGCUGUUGGGGCCCCGAUGCAUAGCAGGACGAUGGAGCAUGAAAAUGGGGUGGUGUAUGUGUUCCUUAAUCAAGACGGUUUGAACUUUGAGCUGCAAACUACUCUGUCUACACCCUUUGAGCUAAGUGGACGCUACGGUACGAGCUUAGGAAGAAUUGGAGACAUCAAUCGCGACGGAUACGGUGAUAUCGCCGUAGGAGCACCAUUUGAGGAUGAUGGAGUCGUGUACAUACAUCUUGGGUCCGCCAGUGGCAUAACAUCGAAGGCCAGCCAGAGACUGACUUCUCCUAAAACUAAUCCACUUAACCCAUCGUCGCGGUCUUUUUUCGGUUAUGCCUUUUCACGCGGCGUCGAUUUCGAUGGCAACGGAUACAAUGAUCUGGCCAUCGGGGCUCCCAACAGCGACUCUGUUUACGUAUACAGGACGUAUCCUGUCGUGCGGGUCAUUCCGUCUAUUAACUCGACCGCCCAUGAGCUAGCAGUCGAAGGAGGCUCGAUAGAAAUAUGCGUCAGUUGGAGUCGAUAUUUUCCGAUUGAAGCCUCAUAUGACAUCACAGUGGAAUAUAUAUUAACAGUGGAUUCUUUGCUGGGGCGUGCCACGAUCGAUAGUAACGGUGCCAACGUAUACGAGGAUGCGGUUACAAUAGGCGAACAUCCUGUCUGCCAAGAGCAUGACGUUUCAGUGAAAGCCUCCCAAAAUACGAUCUUUCAACCCGUCACGAUCGAGAUAGAGUUCAGCCUUCACAAGCUAUCGCUUCCUCCGAAAGGUGAUCGCUUCUGCAAGCAUUGUGCCCUCCUCGACCCAAGUGCUAGCAAUAAAGUCAUCGAGAGAAUUUCCUUCACUACGGGUUGUGCCAAGGAUGUGUGUCUCUCGGAUCUCAAGCUGAUCAGCCUCAAGUGGAAGGAUAUAGCACUCCCAUAUGUGAUCGGUAGUACCUCCACUGCCACGUUGGAGAUAGAGAUUGGCAACACUGCCGAAAGUGCUUACCUUCCGCAAUUGAACGUUACCAUUCCGACUUAUUUGAAGCUGGCAAAACUGUUGCCAGGCUGUAAUAUAAUUGAAUCAGGCAGCAAUCAGUCGGGCAUAGUAUGUGAUUUGAACGGUCGUUUUCCCCUCAAACAAUCAUCCAUUAUCAAACACACAUUAACGUUCGAUAUGACGCAGCUGGGUGGUAUGAACUCGUUGGAGGUGCGAGCAAAGGUAAUAACGAUCAGCGACGAACGAAGUCCCGCGGAUAACGAAAUGAAGGAAGUUUUGAUCCUCCAGGAGGUUUGUGAUGUAGAAAUAAUCAGUGAAACGUCGACCAGAGAAGUUCAUCUUGAUCAGCAGAAUGGCGUUCUAAACGUCACACAUCGCGUUUCCCUGCACAACAACGGGCCCAGUGCAAUGCAUGAUGCUUUGCUUCAUGUGGACAUUCCUUUAGUAUACGUUUCCAAUGCUUCAGGGAAAGAAAAACGAUGCCAGAUUAUCACACUGGAUAGCAUAGGCAUUCAGGGAAGCUACGAUGGUAAUGCGAUGAGCUUCGAAGGCUAUGAUCCUGUAACUCCACUAUCGCUAGAUACGCCACUCACGGAAGGUGUCCUAAACAGCAACGGAACAUCAACAAACCCGGAUAGUGAACGAUUUUCUGAUGAAAUUUUAAGCCUUGAGCAGACUUUGGAAAUGUCGUAUGCUCGACCAAAACGAUCCAACCUUUGGAUUCCGCCCAGACCACAAGGAUUAAGUUCGGAGGAAACGUUACCACCCAAUCGGACAAUAUUUUUCAAUUGUUCUUACAGCACAGUCCAGAUAGAGUGCAUCCAGCUGAAUGCUAGCGUUGGCCCCUUCCGAUCGAAUCGAGCACCAAUACUUGUCGAACUGCGGUACAAUAUGGAUCUGAACGCAAUUGACGCGUGCCUCGAGGGUAAAAAGAAUAUUUUCGUAACACAGAUCGUUACCGAUCUGCAUAAGGACACAGGCAACGCUGGGACAACGUUCCAAAUUUCUCGCAACAAUCCGAAAACGGUCGUGUAUAAAAAUGUGAACCCAGGCACACCAAUUUGGAUUUAUGUUUCUUCGUCGCUCGGAGGGCUCUUCAUAUUGAUGCUAAUGUCAUAUGCCAUGUACCGGACAGGGUUUUUCGAGCGCACUAUGAGGCAAGAGCUAAGGAAGCGUCACCGGGAGAGCAAGUUCAUCGAUAUCACCGAAGAUCUGGAGGACAGCUUUUAAGACAACCACUCAAGACUGAUCUUAAUUUUCGUUCAAGCUUUAACUGCCGCAAGCAUAUUAAUAUCACCCGCAAAAAAUAC